AUGACCAAUGUCACUGCAGUAAGUGGAUUCAUCUUGAUGGGGAUCUCUGACUUCCAGGAGCUACAGACUUUAUGUGGAGUGUUCUUCCUAGUGAUGUACAUGGCAGCCCUAAUAAGUAACCUGAUCAUCAUCAUUAUUAUCACCCUUGACCUGAAACUUCAAACACCCAUGUACUUCUUCCUGAAGAAUUUGUCCCUGUUGGAUGUUUUCUUUGUGUCAGUUACCAUCCCGAAUUUUGUUGUAAAUAGUCUAACACACAACAAUUUCAUAUCCAUUCCUGGUUGUGCAAUCCAGGUAUUUUUAUUGAGUUCUUUCUCAGCAGGGGAAGUAUUUAUUCUCACUGCCAUGUCUUAUGACCGCUAUGUUGCCAUUUGCAGUCCCCUGCACUAUGAUGCCAUCAUGAAUGCUACUACCUUUGUGGUGUUGGUGGGUGUUUCUUGGGCAGCUGGGGUAUUCUUUGGAACCAUGUAUACAGCUGGCAUAUUUUCCGGGCCUUUUUGUGGUUCCAAUGUGAUUCCACAGUUUUUCUGUGAUGUUCCCUCAUUGCUAAGGAUUUCCUGUUCUGAAAGACUAGUGCUCAUUUAUACAGGUCUUGGAAUUGGUCUUUUUCUAGGAAUGUCUUGCUUUACCUGUGUGGUGAUCUCUUACUUUUACAUUUUCUCCACUGUUCUUAAGAUUCCUACUACUAAGGGUCAGUUCAAAGCAUUUGCCACAUGCAUCCCCCACCUCACUGUUUUCACUGUUUUCAUUGCUACUGCUUGCUUUGUCUAUCUGAAGGCUCCCUCAAAUGUACCAUCAAUCGCAGAUAAGAUCUUUUCUGUGCUCUACACUGUCUUACCUCCAGCCCUCAAUCCUUUGAUCUACAGUCUGAGGAACAAUGAUGUCAAGUGUGCUCUGAGGAGGUUACAGCAAAAUAUCUGCCACAGGGGUUCACUUCAUUUAACACUUCAACGUAUCUGUCAGUGGUAUAGUGCCUUACAAGCUGAAAGCAAGAUUUGUAAUUUUUGA